AGAAAUUAAGUGCCUAUAAUGUCCAUGGUCAAUGCCUUUCGAAGCAGGUCUCUUAUCUAUCGCGCGAUCGAGGACAAUGAGGAAGAUAAGGCUUUCAUACAUUCACUUUGGCUUGAUCCACAAUCACUGCACCAAAACAACUACAACAUUUUACAUCGACCCCUCAGCAGAAAAACUUCCGAUUCGCAACACGAAGCCAAGCAAUCUUCCCGUCUGAUAGAUCUGCUGAUCUGUCUUCCACCCGUUGUUGAAGACUGUGGGAAUGUCACAGGAGCUGAACUAUCUUCACAGAAGCCUUUACCUAUUGGGUUUAUAAACCUUCAUGGCUUGAGCGAUAAUACUCGACAUCACCGGACCCUGGAUAUUGGCAUACUCAUCUCUGCUGAGCAUCAAGGAAAAGGUUAUGGUAGUGAGGCUGUCCGUUGGAUACUGAAUUGGGGAUUUCAGGUUGUGGGACUACACCGUGUAGGAUUGCAAAGCGGCUCCUUCAACACCGGAGCAAUAAGACUUUGGAAACGUCUGGGAUUUCGAGAGGAUGGAAGGGAUCGAGAGUCUUUAUGGCUGAACGGAAGUUGGCAUGACGAAGUGAGAUUUUCGAUGCUGGAGACUGAGUGGCGUGCCCUAGUGGAACACGAGAAAAAUGAGAGUGACAAGGUCAAACCAUAGGAUUUGCACAGAAUUGUAGACAGACCAAAAGUGCCAAGUCAAAACGCAUAGCAAGCUCGAGUAAAAUGCCAGCAAUCUUGGCAUGGGUGCGUGCCUAGAAAGAAAGCACUUGAAAGAAAAAGCGGAAGCUGAAAGUGCAAGGCUCUGUAUUUACAGGCGUGUGAAGAGGAGAACAAGUUGUAGGGUGGCGAAGCCGGGCUUGACACAAACAGUUGGCGGUCUUGGCAUUCAAAGGGCCCGAAACUGGGACCAUCUCCACGAUAUAAAAAAUCCGUGUUCCUUCAAUAGUGCGGUCAAAUCAAAUCAAAGCCUUG